UUCCCUUCAACUUAUUUUAGCUUAGGUGGAAUUCCUGUAGAUUUUGAAGAAGUUCAUUUAGACUCAACCACGCAACAUAUUGACAAUGUUGAAGAAGCUGUGAUAUCUAUUAAACGAAAUGGAGUUGCUCUUAAAGGGAAUAUUGAGACAAGAUCAAAUAACCCUCUGUUUAGAUCAAGAAAUGUGAUUUUAAGGUUAGAAUUGGGUUUAUUUGUUAAUAUUGUACAUUGUAAGAGUCAACCUGGCAUUAAAACAAGACACAAAGACGUGGACAUAGUCCUUAUUAGACAAAACACAGAAGGAGAAUACAGUUGUCUUGAGCAUGAGAGUAUUCCUGGAGUCAUAGAAAGUUUGAAAAUUGUAACUUCAAAAAAAUCAGAGGAAAUCGCAAGAUUUGCUUUUGACUAUGCAGUGAAACAUAAUAGGAAAAAAGUAACUGCUGUCCACAAAGCUAAUAUAAUGAAGUUAGCAGAUGGUUUAUUUCUUAAUACUUGUACUGAUAUCGCCAAAGAAUAUCCACAAAUAAAGUUUGACAAUAUCAUUAUUGAUAACUGCAGCAUGCAGCUUGUCUCUAAUCCUCAUCAGUUUGAUGUUCUGUUGUUGCCCAAUUUAUAUGGAAAUAUUUUGAAUAACAUUGCCUGUGGUAUUGUUGGAGGGCCUGGUAUAACUUCUGGCCAAAACUUUGGUCAUGAAUAUGCUGUGUUUGAAACUGGUUCUAGAAAUACUGGUAAAAGUAUAGCUGGGAAAAAUAUUGCCAAUCCUGUUGCAAUGCUGAAUGCAAGUGUUGAUCUCUUAGAAUAUUUAGGACUUAAGAAGCACUCAAGUAUUCUUAGUGAAGCUAUUAAUGAAACAAUAAAUGUUCAAAAGGUUCACACUCCUGAUCUUGGUGGCACAGCAAAAACUACUGAUGUUAUAGAGAAUGUUAUCAAAAUUGUUCAAGAGAAGACGAGAAUCUGAGUGUAGAUUUUAUUUAUUUAUGAUGCAUUUGAACUAAAUUAUUAGCUGCAAUUUCCUCUUCAUGAUUUAUUCAGGAAUUUAGUCAGUACUUACUGGAUCUUAAAGCGACAUGUAUUUCAUGUAGUCUUUCGUUUUGUUGUAUUAUAAAAAUGUCUAUGCAUUAAGGAUGAAUAAAAAUUAAUGUACCCUACAAUUUAACUUCUCAUAAGGGAGUGAAAAAUAUUCCCACCAAAUUCAGAAAAAGGCCUGUUUUAAUAAAUUAUUGGACUAUCUCUAAUUAGUUAAGACCUUUUAAAGACUGAGAAAAAAUCUAAUACACCAAUGUUUAAAUUCAUGAAGAAUACCCCCCUCCCCAAAGAAAUAAUAUGCCUUUGAAAUCAAACUAAAUAUUUUCAAUCGCUUAAAGGCCUAAAUUAAUUUCUUUCAAAUAAUCUUAAUCCAAAAAAUAUGUGUAUAUAACUAAAGCCCUGGUUUCCUAGAAGCGAAAUCACCGAGCUUUGACGUCGCUAUUCAGCAUGACGCUGAAAGCAAAGUCAAGUGAUUCCGGCGUGCCACUCACAGCGCCGAUUUUGCUCGGGCGCACAUGCGCAGAAGAAUCAACUUUUCCACUCGGCGAGAAGCAACGCCGAAGGUCGGUGAUUCCCUCCUAGGAAACCAAUGCUAAAGAGCAAAAAAAUAAAAAUGGCUUUAUGAAGAGUUAACUGAACUUUUGGUUGAUAAUAUUAAAAUCUGAACCAAAAUAACACCUGCUUAUUUUAUUUUAUUUUUGAAUUAUGUUCAUUUUACAUUUUGGGGACUGGAUUAUAUGCAUAAAAAAUUAGUAUCAUAUGUAACAGAUAUUCAAAAAAGUUGUCAUUGUGUUAGACUGGUAAGUCAAACUGUUUUCUAUUAUAAAGUUAUUUUGCAAGCUGUUUAUUUAAUUUAAAAUGCAUUUUUCUUCAGCAAAAAAUUUUCAAACUUCCAAUUUUUGGCCUGAUAACUGUUUCCUUAUUUGUGUGUCGUGAUCUCACAGAGUUUGUCUUGCUAAAAAAUUGAUGUUUUAAAAGUUUUCCUUGAAUCAAAACCUAAAAUUUUAUUUUUCUUCUCGCAAUUUAGUUAAAUGUGAAAUGUUACUCGUACUUAGAACAUAUAUUUUUGUGAUAAUUUGCCAGCCAUUUUCGAGCAUAUUUCCUGUGCAAGUGACAAGUGCCUUUUGCUAGCUAAUAACUUUACUAAAUACUGUCCAUGUAGCAUUGUUAUAGAUUUCAUAUAUAUAAUUGUUUUAAAUGGUGUUGUUAGGAUAAGUGUUUUGAAGAAAGUUAAAAUGUUUUGUUAUAUCUUUUGCUUCAAACUGUUUUCUGAAUAUGUUUUUUUUUCUUUUUCUGUUGAACAAUAACCCUUAUAUUACAAGUUCUCUCUCUGUUAUGCGUGCACACCCAUAUAAAAAAAGUAUAUGUAUAUUUUUUUAUAUUCUUAUUUCAAUUCAUUUAUUUAUUUAUGUGUAAUAAUAUCUGAAAAUCUGAAAAGCUCUUUUUUUUAAUACGACAGAAUGUACUUAAAAUUCAUUUCUUACUCAUGUAUGUCUUUAAAAUUUAAAACCUUUUUGUUAUUUGCUUUCAAAUCAUAUUAAAUUAACUUAUUACAAUGAUAUUAACUAUAAUUUAGAUUUUAAAUUGGAAUUUUAUUUUAUUUUCUUGCAAUUGUUUAUUCAUGCAUAUACUCUAUGAGUAUAUUUUGUUUUAUUUACUUGCUCCCAAUCAAAGAAAACGAAGUAGUAUAAUGUUGUGAGUUUUUGUGAUAUAGUUUGAAAAACUUGUAAGUUAGUUUUUUUUAAUACAUUUAGUUAUUGUACAUAGAUCUUUUACUUAUUUAAACUCUGAGAAAAUGUAUCUGUACUUAGUUUGCAAAGAUGAUUUCUUUAACUAUCUAGUCUAUUUCUAUUCUAAUCAUAUUGCUGUUAUAAUAGCUAAAUCAAUGGCAUAUAUUGUAAGUUUAUCUUAUAUGUGUACAAGACAUAUUAAAGGCUUUUUCGUUAAUGUU